AUGAACGAUACAGAAGUACCUGAGGUGACGUCCUUGGACCACGAUUUGCAAGUGUUAAGAAGCGGGAAGUUCUCACCGGAGGAUAUAGAUGCAAUCGGCCAUUGGGUGUUCGUAGAUGUCUUACAGGAAGACGGUUACAAAGAGGGGAGUGAUCUUUUGGAAAAGUUGAAGGACGGCACGGUGUUGUGUCGCAUUGCCAACAUUUUAGCAGAGCAUGAAACCACGACAUACCCACUAAUCAAGUGGAAGGAGUCACCAAUGCCGUUUGUGCAGAUGGAACAGAUAUCGCAAUUCUUGGUGUUUGCGUCGCGGUACGGUGUUCCACAGGAUGAACUGUUCCAAACCGUGGACUUGUUCGAGAAAAAGGACGCGGCGUCCGUGUACCAGGCUCUCAAAUCUCUAUCCAGAUACGCAAACAAGAAGCAUCCUGAACGGUUUCCAGUGCUUGGUCCGCAACUCGUGGAGAAAAGAAUACCACCGAAGGUGAAACGGAAACCAGACCAUUUGCGAGACGCACAGUGGAGUACCCACGAAUACGGGUAUAUGGGCGGUGCGUCACAAGGUUCUGAGAACGUCGUGUUUGGACACAAAAGGGAUAUCGUAUAA